AUGCUGCUUCCUAGUAGUCUUUCUGAGGUUAGUCUCAUUUCAGAAAACAAACGAGUGGAGGAAGACGAUCAGAAUGUCCCUCUGGCUUCCCGGGAAAGGAACCACCCUGGACUUGGCCGAUGGGCAGCAAUGGUGGUGGCAGUGGCUGCUUCUGCUGUGGCGCUGGAACGGCGAGAUGCAAAAAUCCUGAAUCUUCAAAGCGAGAUCCUGCUCCUUCAUGAGAAGAGAGGUGGCUUGGCAGCCAAGCUAGAUGCUCAGGAGCAGAGGAGCUAUCAACUGCAGACCAAGCAGAGGGAGACGCAGGCUGAACUGGAGCAGAAAUGCAGCCGGAUCCAACAGCUCGCGCAGGACCUGGAGGCCAGCAGCCAACUCCGAGAAGAGCGCCACAGACAGCUGGAGAGAGACAGAUUGAUGAGUAGCCUGAAUAAUAAGUUGUGGGCUCUGCAGAGUGACAUACAAAGCCUCCAUGAAAUCUGCAGGAAACAAGGAAGGACCUUGGAAGUGGAGGAGCUCUCCAUUCAUGAGAUGGAAAGCCAUAUCAAUCAUAUAAGGUCCCAAAUUCAAUUCAGGUUGGUAUACAGACAGCUGCAAGCAGAGUUUGGGUGCUGUAACCAGGCCCGUCAAAUACAGCUCCAUCAGCUAAAGGAAAAGUUGUUGGCACUUCAGCAGGAACUGGAGAUUCGCACAGAAGAAUUACAGUCUUCUUACUGCUCACUCGUACAAUGUCAGAACAUCCUGGAUAAGCAGACCUGUGACCUAGAGAUGCUUCACCAGCACUGCCAGAUGAAGGAAGAUGAGGUCACAAUCUAUGAGGAAGUGAUGGAGAAGAAUAAAGAAGACAACAUAAGGCUACAGGAGAAGCUCCAAAUAUCUCAGGAACAUCUUGCCUUGGCUGAAGACAGGAUUAUCUCCCUGGAAAGCAGUUUAAAUCUUUACAAGGAUAAGUAUCAGGCAGCUGUGAACAGCCUCGAAUUGCUGGAGUGUCAAAUGAAGGCCUUAGAGGGAGACGUCAAAAUCAUCUCCACUCAGGAGGAAGAUAGGAAGGGGGAUCAUCAUCCAAAUGAAAGAACUACAGAAUGUUUACUAUAUGAGCUGAAGGAGACCCAGAAGCGCCUGAAUGAUGCUUUGCAAAAUGGUUCUGAACAGGAAGUGGUACUUGCGGAGCUUCGCAAUAAGCUCAUUUGCAGCAAUCUUAAAAUAUUGGAUCAUGAAGAGACUCUGAUAAAAUUAGAAGUGGACUUUGCUACCUAUAGAAUGUCUCAAAGACAACUUUUCUGCCCUCCAGAUGAGUCAGAGGAUAUCAAACAGAUCUUGGCACAUAUUGAAGAGCAGUGUGAGUACCAGUGCCUUCGGGUGGAAGAGUACCAGUAUCUGCUGAAGGACAUGAAGAGGGAGCUAGAGAGAGUAUCAGAACAGAAGAAGAAGAUAACGAAGGACCUCAUGAAGUUGGAGCUAGAUAUGCACAACCUUCUGCAAGAGACAGCCAGCCAAACAGAGUGGAAGGAUGGAGAAGUGAAGGACCUGAAGGAGCACCUGAAGAACCUGGAGGACCAACUGAAAGAGUCCCAGAAUCUCUGUUUGGAGAAGGACAAGGCCAUUCAAGAGAAAGACAAAGCCCUGUCCCAAAGUAAGCUGGAAAUUAUUCAGGUGCGAAAUAGCCUUGAAGCAAAGCAAUCAGAUUUGGAGAAGCAAAAAGCCAGAGUAGAAGAAGCAGAACAUGCCCUCCAGAUGGUGAAGGAAAAGAAGGAAAAAAGUGAGAGCCAGAAUGCUGCCUUGAAUGCUAAGGUCCAGCAGCUGCAGUCGAACCUGAAUGAGGCCCACCAAGGACAGCUGCUAAUUGCACAGCAGUUAUCGUAUGUUGAUAAACAGGCAUCUAUGCUAAAGGAUAACCUAGACCUUACCCAGAAGAAUCUGGAAGAUAAGAUAGCUGAGAACAUGGAAAAGGAUGAACUUAUCAAGAAGCUAUCCAGUGAGCUCAAAAGACAUCAGGAAGAUAAAUCCGCGGUAGAGAAUCUACUGGAAACAGAAAGAAAAAAUACUGAAAUGCUGUCAUCAGAGCUUGACGCGUCCAAAAGGAAAAACGAGGAUGCAGAAAAGGAGAUCAGAAAACUUCAGAAAACAGUGAAUGAUAUGAAACCACAGCUGAGUAAAAAUGAGGAAAAGAUAAAGGAACUUAAAGACCAGCUUGAGGAGGAACGUAACAUUAAUCAGAGUCUCCGAAAACAAUUGAAACAGCUAGAAAGUGAGCGAGAGGCUGACCAGCACUUGAAGCUAAAGUGGAAGAACCAAGAAAAGGAGCUGAAGGAUGAAAUUGAGGCACUCAAGAAGGAAAUCCAAGACAACAAGAAACUGGAGAUGGAAAAACUGAACACCCUUGCAGAUGAGAACAAGGGUCUUAGCGAUCAGCAGAAACGUCCUUCACCACAGCAGAGUGCAACUGAGAGUAAGCUCGAGGCUGUUGUGAUGGUGCAUCUAGCUGAAGAGUAUGAUGACAAAUGGAAAGAACCCUCAGAUGAGAGAGAGAAUGUCUGGAAACAGAAGCAAUAUUAUCCAUUGCAAGGGGAGUCAUCGACAAGAAAUCUCAGUGCAAUUGAGAAGCUCCAUCAGCAGGCAGAGGAGGAGGACAGAUUGCAUGGGCCCACCGAGGAAGAUCAGAUUGUCGAGCAUAAGAUACAAUAUCGCCCAUCGCCUUACCCAUUUCCACGGUAUUCACUUACAAGAAAACUCAGUUCUGUUGGGGAGAAGUUCCAAGAACAGGAAGAAAAGGUGAACAGACACAAGGGCAGCACAAUGGAGGAGAGAUUGAGUGAGCCUGGGGAUGAGAAACAAAGUCUCGGGGAUAUGAUGGACUUUUAUCUAUUGGAAUGGGAUUCACCUACAAGAAAGUUCAGUGUUCCUGAAAAGAUCCAAAAGCAGGUGGAAAAGGAAGACAGAUUGAAUGAGCCUGAGGAGGAAGAGGAAGAGGAACACAGACGAAGAGAUCAGAUACAAUAUUAUCCACAGCAACAGGAAUCAUUUACGAGAAAACUCAGUUCUGCUGAGAAGAUCCAACAACAGGAAGAAAAGGUGAAUAGACAUAAAGACAUUACAAUGGUGGACAAGGGGGACAGCUCUGGACAGUCAUUCUCUAAAUUAGUCACCCAUCCUUUGUCCCACAGGAAACAAAAGGAAAAAAAGAAGGCAGAAGAAUAUCUACCUACUUCCUAUUAUGUGAGUGAGGAAGUAACAAAAGAGAAAAUCAUGGCAGCCAGUCCCACCAAACUCACUCCAGUGUUCUUUGCAAAAGAGAACAGACUGAAUGAGCCAGAGGAUGAGAACCAGAGACUCUGGUAUAGGAUUGACCAUUAUCCAUUAAAACGGGACUCAUCUACAAGAAAAUUCAGUGCUGAUGAAAAGAAGAACCAACAACAGGCAGAACCAAGAGCACAUCAGUACUGGGGAAGGGGGACAGCUCUGGACAGUCAUUCUGACCCACGUACAAGAAAGCUCAGUUCUGCUGAGAAAAUGCAACAACAGGGAAAAAAGGAAGACAGACCGAGUGAGCAAGAGGAUGAGAACCAAAGAUUCGAGGAGAAGACACAAUAUUAUCCAUUGCAACUGGGCUCACCUACAAGACAGCUCAGUGCUACAGAGAAGAUUCAACAGCAAAGAGAACAGGCUUUGUUCUUCAUUGAUGAGGAGGACAAACUAAACGAGCAGGAGGAGGAAAACCAAAGACUAUGGGAUAAAACACAAUAUUAUCCAUUGCAACAGGACUCACUGACAAGAAAAUUUAGUGAUAGAGAGAAGAUUCAACAGCAAGAAGAAAAGGAGGAUAGACUAUAUGAGGCAGAGGAUGAACAUCAGAGACACCUGGAUAGGAUGCAGUAUCAUCCAUCAAAACGGGACUCAUCUCCCAGAAAGGUCAGUGCUGCAGAGAAGAAGAUGCAACAGCAGAAAGAAAUGAUGAGCAGAGCCAAGAGCGGCACAGAGGACAGAUUGUAUGAGCCAGAGGAUGAACACCAGAGACAUCAGGAUAAGAUGCAAUAUCAUCCAUCUAAACGGGACUCAUCUCCCAGAAAGCUCAGUGCUGCAGAGAAGAAGAUGCAACAGCAGAAAGAAAUGGAGGACAGACUGUAUGAGCCAGAGGAUGAACACCAGAGACAUCGGGAUAAGACAAAAUAUCAUCCAUCGAAACGGGACUCAUCUCCCAGAAAGCUCAGUGCUGCAGAGAAGAAGAUGCAACAGCAGGAAGAAAUGGAGGACAGACUGUAUGAGCCAGAGGAUGAACAUGAGAGACAUCGGGAUAAGACGCAAUACCACCCAUCAAAACGGGACUCAUCUCCCAGAAAGCUCAGUGCUGCAAAGAAGGCGCAACAGCAGGAAGAAAUGGAGGACAGACUGUAUGAGCCAGAGGAUGAACACCAGAGACAUCGGGAUAAGACAAAAUAUCAUCCAUCGAAACGGGACUCAUCUCCCAGAAAGCUCAGUGCUGCAGAGAAGAAGAUGCAACAGCAGGAAGAAAUGGAGGACAGACUGUAUGAGCCAGAGGAUGAACAUGAGAGACAUCGGGAUAAGACGCAAUACCACCCAUCAAAACGGGACUCAUCUCCCAGAAAGCUCAGUGCUGCAAAGAAGGCGCAACAGCAGGAAGAAAUGGAGGACAGACUGUAUGAGCCAGUGGAUGAACACCAGAGACAUCGGGAUAAGACAAAAUAUCAUCCAUCGAAACGGGACUCAUCUCCCAGAAAGCUCAGUGCUGCAGAGAAGAAGAUGCAACAGCAGGAAGAAAUGGAGGACACAUUGUAUGAGCCAGUGGAUGAACAUGAGAGACAUCGGGAUAAGACAAAAUAUCAUCCAUCAAAACGGGACUCAUCUCCCAGAAAGCUCAGUUCUGCAGAGAAGAUGCAACAGCAGGAAGAAAUGGACAGACUGUAUGAGCCAGUGGAUGAACACGAGAGACAUCGGGAUAAGACAAAAUAUCAUCCAUCAAAACGGGACUCAUCUCCCAGAAAGCUCAGUGCUGCAGAGAAGAUGCAACAGCAGGAAGAAAUGGAGGACAGAUUAUAUGAGUCUGAGGAUGAGCAUCAGAUGCACCAGGAUAAGAUGCAAUAUCAUCCAUCAAAACAGGACUCAUCUCCAAGAAAGCUCAGUUCUGGAGAGAAGAUUCAACAGCAGGAAGAAAAGGAGAGAGAAGGGUUGAAUGAGCCUGAGGAUGACAACCAGAGAGUUCCAGAUAAGGGACAGUCUUAUUCACCUGAACUGGACUCAACCACAAUCAAGGUCUCUAGUGGUGAGAAGAUCCAACAACAGGAAGAAAAGGAAAAGAACAGAUUGAAUGAGCCUGAGAAUGAGAACCAGAGUCUCCAGGACAAGACUGAAUCUCAUUCAAGAGAGGACUCACCUAAAAGGAAGCACAGUUCUGCUGAGAAAAUCCAACAGCAGGCUGAAAAGCUCACUCCUCAGCUUGGAGUCAACAUCCACACCUCCAAAUCCUCCUACCCAAGACAGGAGAAGGAAAAAGUGAAUGAGCCUGAGGAUGAAAACCAGGGUCUCCAGGAUAAGAUUGAAUCUCAUUCAUCAAGAGAAGACUCACCUAAAAGGCGCAGUUCUACUGAGAAGAAGAUCAAACAGCAGGCUGAAAAGGGUUCACCUAAAAGGAAGCUUAGUUCGGCUGAGAAGAAGAUCCAACAGCAGGCAGAAAAGGAUUCGUCUAAAAGGAAGCUCAGUGCUUCUGAGAAGAAGAUCCAACAGCAGAUAGAAAAGCAGAAGGACAGAUUGAAUGAGCUUGAAGAUGAGAACCAGAGCCUCAGGGAUAAGAUGCAAUAUUAUUCAUUACAACUGGACUCCGCUACAACCAAGCUCUGUAGUGCUGAAAAAAUCCAAGAGCAGGCAGAAAAGGAGAAGGGCAGAUUGAAUCAGCUCGAGGAUGAGAACCAGAGUCUCCGGGAUAAGAUGCAAUAUUAUUCGUUGCAACUCGAAUCGACUACAAGAAAGCUCAGUGCUACUGAGAAGAAGAUGCAAGAGCAGCUAGAACAGGAGAAGGACAGAUUGAAGGACCUCGAGAAUGAGAAUCAGAGUCUCCGGGAUAAGAUGCAAUGUUAUUCAUUUCAACUGAACUCAGCUACAAUCAAGCUCAGUGCUGCCGAAAAGGAUAUGAGAGAACAAGCAGAAAAUGAGAAGGGCAGAUUGAAUCAGCUCGAGGACGAGAACCAGAGUCUCCGGGAUAAGAUGCAAUAUUAUUCAUCACAACUUGAGGCAGCUACAAGAAAGCUCAGUGCUGCUGAGAAGAAAAUCCAAGAGCAGGCAGAAAAGCAGAAGGACAGAUGGAAUGAGCUUGAGAAUGAGAAUCAGAGCCUCUGGGAUAAGAUGCAGUAUUAUUCAUCACAACUUGAGUCAGCAACAAGAAAGCUCAGUGCUGCUGAGAAGAAGAUCCAAGAGCAGGCAGAAAAGGACAAGGACAAGUGGUUUGAGAUGGAGUAUGAGAACCAGAAUCUCCGGGGGGAAAUGAUAUCUUACCCAUUGCAACAGGAUUCACCUACAAGAAGACUCAGUGCUGCUGAGAAGAAAAUGCAACAGCAGGCAGAAAAGGAGGACAGAUCUUAUGAGCCAGAGGGUGAAAAUCAGAUUCUCCAAGAAAAGAGGUCGUAUUAUACAUUGCAAGGAGAGCCACCUCCAAGAAAGCUAACUGCUGCUGCUGAGAAGAAAAUCCAACCACAUGCAGAAAAGGAGGACAGAUGGUAUGAGCCUGAGGAUGACAACCAGAGAUUGGAACAUUAUCCAUUGCAACGGGACUCAUCUAUAAGAAGAUUCAGUGUUCCUGAGAAGAAGAUCCAACAGCAGGCUGAAAAGCAGAAGGAAAGACCGUAUGAGUCCCAGGAUGACAACCAGAGUCUCACUGAAGAGAUGCAGAAUUAUCUAUUGCCUUGGGACUCACCAACAAGAAAACUCAGUUUUACUGAGAAGAUCCAACCACAAUCAGAAAAGGUGAAGCCCACAAUGGACAGGGGCAGAUUAUAUGAGCCUGAGGAUGAGAAUCAGAUUCUCAGGGAUAAGGUGCAAUAUUAUCCAUUGCAACGGGACUCAGCUACAAGAAGGCCCAGUUCUGUAGAAAAGAAGAUGUUUCAGCAGGCAGAAAAGGAGGAUAGAUCCUAUGAGCCUGAGGAUGAGAACCAGAUUCUCAGAGAAAAAACACAAUAUUAUCCAUUGCAACGGGGUUCAUCUACAAGAAGACUCAGUACUGCCGAGAAGAAGAUUCUUCAGCAAUCAGAAAUGGAGGACAGAUAUUAUGAGGACGAGGAUGAGAAUCAAAUUGUACAGGAAAAGGCGCAACAUUAUCCAAUGCAAAGGGACUCUCCUACAAGAAGAUUCAGUUCUGCAGAGAAGACCCAGCAGCAGGCAGAAAAGGAAAAGGACAGAUGGUGUGACACCGAGGAUGACGACCUGUGUGUUCAGGGCAAUAUGCAAUGUUAUCCACCAAAAAGGGAGUCCACUUCAAGAAGACCCAGUUGUGCUGAGAGGAAGAUGCUUCAGCAGGCAGAAAAGGAAAAGGACAGAUGGUGUGACACCGAGGAUGACGACCUGUGUGUUCAGGGCAAUAUGCAAUGUUAUCCACCAAAAAGGGAGUCCACUUCAAGAAGACCCAGUUGUGCUGAGAGGAAGAUGCUUCAGCAGGCAGAAAAGGAAAAGGACAGAUGGUGUGACACCGAGGAUGACGACCUGUGUGUUCAGGGCAAUAUGCAAUGUUAUCCACCAAAAAGGGAGUCCACUUCAAGAAGACUCAGUUGUGCUGAGAGGAAGAUGCUUCAGCAGGCAGAAAAGGAAAAGGACAGAUGGUGUGACACCGAGGAUGACGUGUGUGUCCGAGAUAAUAUGCAAUGUUAUCCACCAAAACAGGAGUCAACUACAAGAAGACUCAGUUGUGCUGAAAAGAAGAGGCUUCAGCAGGCAGAAAAGAAAGACAAAUUGAAUGAGCCUGAGUAUGAGAACCAUAGUCCCCUAGAGGAGAUGCAAUACUAUCCAUUGAAACAGGACUUAUCUACAAGAAAGCUCAGUGCUGCUGAGAAGAUCCAACAGAAGGCAGAAAAGAAGAAGGACAAACUGAAUAUGCCUGAGGACGAGAACCAGUGUCUCUCGGAUGAGGAACAAUAUUGUCCAUUGCAAUGUGAUUCACCUACAAGAAGACUUUGUGCUGCUGAGAAGAUCCAACAGCAAGCAGAAAAGGAGAAGGAGAAAGUGGGUAAGCUAGAGGAGGAGAACGAGAUCCUCCGAGAUGCACUGAAACACUGUACGAAGCAACUGCAGUCAGCUGCAAACAAACUCCAGACCACCGAGAAGACAACAGAGGUGAAGGAAAAUGAGGUGGCGUGCCAGAAAGAACCUCUGAACCAAGUACAAAAGGAUCUCCAAGAGGCUGAAAAACAGGAGGAAAAGGACGACCUAAAAAAUGCUCAUUGCUUCCAGGAGUCGGCUCAAGAGUCAUCAACUUGCCAAAAUAAUCUGGAGGAGGCUCUGGAGAAGCUCAGUCAGGCUAACCUGGAAGCAGCCAUACUCCGCCAUGAGUUACAGCAGACUCAGCAGAAGAUGUGUGAGCUGGAGGAGGAGACAUGCACUUAUAAGGACCACAUGAAAAAGCUCAACAGGGAACUGAAGAAGCUGCAGGACUUCCACCAGCAGAGUGAAGAAGAGGUCGAAGCCUUCGCUCAGCAUAUAGAAGAUAUGAACUACCAGUUGGCCUUCUGGCAAAAGACACACGAACACGACCUUCAGUUCAUGGCAGCCAAAGACGAGCAGCUUGUGGUCUUCAAGGUGGAAAUGGCCUCCCUCAAGGAGAACCUACGGGAAGAAGAGAAAAAGAAAGACUUCCUACAGGAUGAAAUCUCCGUCUUAAAGCACAAAUAUAUGUCAACUAGCUGUGAGGUACAUGAGCCUCUCUCCAACUGCAGGUUUUCUGUUAGCCCACAUGUAUGUGGUUCCUUCCCUGGGGCCCAUGGACAAAGGAUGAGUAUUGGGAUUGAAGGUUCACCUCAUACACCAAGGGUGGAAGCCCUUCUGAAUACCCUGGAGAAUGCGCACAGCUGGAAUCUUCACCAGGAGAGUGAAAUGAAACGGCCGAAGGAUCAAAAUGACAGCACAGAGAAAUUGGGAUCCAAGAUCCGAGAACAGGUCAAAUGCAUUACCCAACUGGCUGAUGAAAAGGACCAUCUCCACAAUGUGAUGGUCCACUUGCAGCAUGAAAACAAGAAGCUGAGGAAGGAAAUAGAUGAUCGGCGCCAAAACAAUGAGCAUCUGAUGAUUCCUCACUAUGAUAUUACAAUUCCUUGCAUUGAAUAUCAUCUCAUGUCGCAGUGCUAAGGAGAGAACUGAGUUUGCAGCCUCAACACUUGUCUUUAAACAACUCCCACAAAGGACCUGCUACCGCAAGGACCUCAC